UUAGGUAAAAGGAAGGGGUGUUUUUGUCCAAGCACAUGCUCUGGGAUCGAAUAUUUUACCGUCUCCGUUUGUCUUUCGUCUCCUUUCUCUGGUUACUUUGUUCGUUCACGAAGAAAAUGCAUGGAUUUUCGAUCGUGGAUGGCUUCAUGAACGUGAACGAAAGCUUAGCAGAGAUGAUAAAGUAUGUGGCGAAUGAACCCUCGGUGGGGCUUUUCUAUGUACAACAGCACACUCAGAAUGCGGUUCCCAGCCUUCUCAAUGUCAAGGAUAAAGUUGGAGAGAAGUGUCGUGAAACAACCUUGCACACUGAUGAUUUGGAGGACUCUCUCACCAUGUUGAAGUCAAUGAAAGAAUGUGGUCUGCAUCUCACUGAUGAAAUGAUUAAAGACAUUAAAAAAUCUGUAGUUAUUAUGUCAUCAGCACAACCACAAAGAGGGUAUUUCCAACUUGUGAACUUUAUGUUAAUCCAUAACCAAAAAUCAAGUUUUGAGACUGGCAAAAGUAGCCCUUGGGGUGCAGUUACUUACGAUCAUAAUGCAUUUGGGAUGCAGCAGGAUGAAGCGAGUCAUGGCAAUUAUAUCUCCUCAGUAUUGAAGUUGGCAAAGCAGAGAGCUUUGGGUCUUAGAUGGCCCGAACUUAAUUCCAAACAGCAAAAAGGACCUGAGGGUCAAGAAACUGACGAGCUGCCAUUGUCUAGUCGGAUUGUAGAUGAGCAGCUCGAUGAAGCUGGAAGCGGGGCAGGUCAGAAUUUAGCAUCACUUUUCGAGAACUAUGAUGAUUUCAGAGCUACAAGAGAAGUCAAACUGAAGGAAUGGUUGGAGGGCCCAGAUAAUCUGAACAAUACUCAAGCCGACAUUCUUGGUUCCACUUUGUCCACACUUGCUCGCAAUGGUGCUUCCCUCUAAAGCGGAGCGCUCCCCAUGAGAGCAUCAAAACUGGCAAUGUAAAACAAACUUUACCUUGAAAAUGCAUGGAUAUGAAAAAUAAAGCCUGUAUAUUUAAGAGCAAUUUUAUUUUCCCAUAAACAAAAUCAUAUUUCUCAAGAGCAGUGUAAAUCAAUGAUGAGACUAUUACUAUCAUAAUAAUGAUUCUCUAUUGUGCAAA